AUGAAACAUCCUCAUAUUGUUGGUUUAUUAGACUAUAAACAAACCAGUGCACAUUUUCAUUUGGUAAUGGAUUACUGUUCAAUGGGAGAUUUGUCAUAUUUUAUAAGAAGAAGAAAUCAACUUGCAAAAUCACAUCCCAUAAUCUCAAGUUUAUUAAAUAGAUAUCCGUCUCCAGAAGGUUCACAUGGAUUGAAUGAAACUUUAGUUUUACAUUUUUUACGUCAGUUAUCAUCAGCAUUAGAAUUUUUAAGAGAUAAAAGUUUGGUACAUAGAGAUAUUAAACCUCAAAAUUUAUUACUUUGUCCUCCUGUUCAUUCAAAACAAGAUUUUAUUGAUAAUAAAUAUGUUGGCAUGUGGGAACUACCAAUCCUUAAAAUUGCAGACUUUGGCUUUGCUAGAUUUUUACCAUCAACUUCAAUGGCUGAAACUUUAUGUGGAUCACCACUUUAUAUGGCCCCAGAAAUUUUAAGAUACGAAAAGUAUAAUGCUAAAGCCGAUUUAUGGUCUGUAGGAGCUGUUUUAUAUGAAAUGACAGUGGGUAAGCCACCUUUCAAAGCUGGUAACCAUAUAGAAUUAUUAAAAAAUAUUGAAAAAGCUAACGAUAAAAUCAAAUUUCCUACAACUGCUCAAGUACCAGAAUCCUUGAAACAAUUAAUAAAAUCAUUGUUGAAGUAUAACCCAACUGAAAGAAUGUCUUUUAAUGAAUUUUUUAAUAAUUCUUUAAUAACGUGUGAUUUAGAAGAUUCCGAUAAGCCAUUAGAAACAUCUGAUAUGGAUGAAAAUUUAUUUAUUAGCGAAUAUAUCAGUCCUAUUAAAGAAUCGGAACGGCCUCAAUUUAUGGAAUUUAGUCCAGCAAACAAUGGUUCAGAAAUUCGAGCAUCUGACAAUGAGAUUAAACAAAUAAUUACCAAAAACAGUCCAGAACCAGAUAAUAUAAAAGACUCAAUACAUGCUUCACUUAAUUUAAACAAUAAAAAAGAGGAAAUAAUUUUAGAAAAGGAAUAUGUUGUUGUUGAAAAAAGAGCAGUCGAAGUGAAUGCUUUAGCUGAUGAAUUGGCAAAUGCCAGAAAUAACACCAUGAAGAUCAAUGAGGCGCGAAGAUUAGCGUCAAAUAAAGUACAUGAGGAGCCUCCACAAUCACAAUCCACAUUUAGAAGAUCAUCCCUGACUAAUCAACGAAGACCAAGUUUUACAGAAAGAAGAAUUUCAAUUUCAAUAUCACCUACGAAUGCUUUGAGUAAAGCUAUUGGAAUAGCGUCGAAUAGAUUGUUUGGGUCAAAUGCAACAAAUGAUGACCAAAAGACGACUUCUUUUGCCACACCUGAAGAUAAAUUAAACAUUAUUUGUUCAAAAGACAAUCCCGGACCCAAUCUUACAAAUGAUGCUUUGUUACAGAAAUUGAAUCAUCCAUUAUCAAAUACAGCAUUAGAAUCAUAUAAGGAGGUGGAUCAUGGAACUUUGCAGAGUCGUACAACCGAUGAGACAGUGUUAUACAAACUUGAAUCUUUAGCAACAAAAUCUUAUGCUGUGAAUUUGUUUGCCGAUGUUAAAUUCAGUCAAUUAAUACCUAGUCCACCUUCUAUAGAUCGGAUUGAUGAUAACAUUUUAAAUCAAAAUGAUAUGCUACCUCCGAAAAUAAUGAAAACUGUUAGUGAAGAAGGUGUUGCAUUAUAUGUUAAAACUUUAUCUUUGUUGGCAAAAGGGAUGUCUGUUGCUAGUGAAUGGUGGUACAAUCAAUUUGAAAAAAAAAAAUUUGAUGAAGGCUCCAAACCUGAUAUUCAUGUCUCCAUAAAAAUUAAUCAAAUAGUUCAAUGGAUUAGAGAAAAAUUCAAUGAAAGUCUUGAAAAAGCUGAAUUUGUUAAAUUGCGAUUACAGGAAGCAAAUUUAGCGAUAAUAAAAAACGAAAGUUCAAACGAUGAAGAUUUUGAUAACAAUAAGGUUGUUGCUGAAAAAUUGAUAUUUGAUAGAGCAUUAGAAAUGUCAAGGAACGCUGCUGUAAAUGAAUUAGUGAAAGAGGAUUUGAGAGGUUGUGAAUUAGCUUAUAGUACGGCAAUUUGGAUGUUGGAAGCUUUAUUGGAUGAAGAUGACACAGAUCCUGACUACCCUAAAUUAGAUUCGGAUGAUAAAUUAAUGGUUGAAAAGUUCAUUGUUAGUAUAGGAAAUAGACUAUCAGUUUUAAGGAAAAAAAUAGAACUAGUAUAA